GGCACGGCCGAGGCCGAGUGGGGAGUUGAGCCGUGAGGGCGUUGCGGUAGCGCGUUCGGCGUGUUCUACGCCGCCGGUCGAUAGAAACCAGUUUUAGUAACGUCACUGACCCGGAGGAGGAACGCGACGUUUUCAGUUCUCCUCGACUUGACGCCCACACAACUUCACGGCCCCCUCUCAACACGACGGCCCGGCGGUUCUCUCGCGUUUCCCCGCCUUCGCCGCCCCCCGGCGACAUGUUCGACACGGAGAAGUUCAUCGCGGAGGUCGAGCUGCGCCCGGCGAUCUACGAUUUCAAGUCCAGGGAGUACGGGAACCGGGAAUGCAAGCUUAGGGCCUGGGACGAGAUCGGACGGGAGAUGUACUCAGGCUGGGAUGACAAAUCUUUCCACGAAAAAAACACAUUAGUAAAGGAACUGCAGAUUAAAUGGAAAUCUAUAAGAGACCACUUUAUGAGGCAACUAAAGCAGAAUGUAAAUGGGGACGCUCCAAAAAAGAAAAAAUACGUUUACUUCGAUCAGCUCUUGUUUCUCACGAGGAAUCUUGACGCCAGGAGGUACUUACCGUCGUACACAUCUAUUAAACAAGAGGAAGAUUUAAGCCCAGUAAGCGGCGAGGUGAACCUGAAAAGCCCAAGGAAGAACCAAUGGAAACCGCCUAGGUUCGAGUUCAACGAAAUCCAGGAGAGGCAAGCAUUGGCAGACACACUCAACCUGGGCGUCAUGGGCUACCCUCGGGACGAGCUGCAAGGCGACAGGAUGGGAAACAGGAUGUUCCUCCUGUCGCUGCUGCCGAUCAUGGAACGACUGCCGGACCACGUCAACCUGCGGGCCAGACUCCAGCUGAUGGAAGUGCUCCAGGCCGCCCUCGCGUCCAACGAAGUCUCCGACUCCUUCAGCAUUGGAUACCACGACAAUUCCUACUACAGCCAAGAGACUGCCUCGCAAGACGGAUCUCAAGAAACCUCAGACCAAGAGUGCAAUAACAGUUCAUGACUAUUAAACUUUAAAUUUUUACAAAAAAAAGUUAUAAUCAUUGUGAUAACGUUUUAAUAUUAAGGAAUUGUACAUAAAAAUUAGGGAGAUUUUUUUUAAUUUUUAAGAAAUGUUGAAACUCGAGUUUUCUCCGAUCCUCAAGGAAAAAUUCAUUUUUGUUCUUCCUGAAAUACGUUGUCGAAUUUCUAGAAAUAAAAUAGGCUAAUAUGUAUUUUUGUAGACACUUUGUAGUCCUUUUAUAGGCAAAUGGUUUAACUAGUGUUGGAAAAGCGCUACUUUGGCUGUUAGAAAUAAAUAAAACGAAUGUAGGUAAUCGAAAACGUUCCUUAAAUUUAGUAUAUUGUUUUAACGUUGUAAAUUUAGCAUAAUGUAUAAAGUCAGACGAGUAUUAGAUCGGAAAUAACAAUAACUGAAGUACA